GUAGGCAUGGAGAGAAGAGCUGCUCGGCUAAUGUGAUGACAGCUGACCGGACCGAGACCUCGCUUUCUGCUGGCCAACAUGAAUUUGUUGACCUUCACGCCACGAUAACGCGCUUCUUCUUGGAAAUAAUAAUAGUAAUAAUAAUAAUAAUAUCAAUAAUGUCCGCGCGCUCUGCUCCGGAGCUCCGGCGCGAGAAGCUGCUUCACUAAAGUUGUGUCGCGAGGAGGAGAAAAAAAAAAAAAAAAAAGUCUGAACUCCGCCAACAAGCAAAGAAGCACCACAUCACCACCGGGCUGGAGCUGGAUAUCUAGUCACGUUUUGUGCAGACACUUUACAGGUUAUGAGUAAUGGAAGCGGGGUCGGUGGUGCGUGCCGUGUUCGAGUUUCUCCCCAGCGUCUCCGAGGAGCUGCCACUCUUCACCGGUGACGUCAUCGAGGUGCUCAGUGUCGUGGAUGAGUUCUGGUUGCUCGGUAACAAAGAUGGCGUCACAGGUCAGUUCCCCAGCACCUUUGUGGAGGAGAUUACUAUUCCCAGCACCAAGCCUGGAGACAGACUCUACGUGUGCAUCAAUGAUUUCAGCUCAGCAGAGCCGGGGAAUCUGUCCCUGAAGAGAGGUGAUGUGGUAGUGGGAGAGGCCGGUGGGUCCAUGGACCUCGGGGAAACCUGGCAGCGUGGCUGUAACGCCUGGGGCGUCCGUGGUCUCUUCCCCACAUCAUGCGUGAAAGAGAUGAACCUCUCCGGCCGCUCCAGGCAGCUGUCCGAACGCUCGGCUCAGGCCCAGGCUUCGGAGCUGCCGCCGUACGCCCUGGGCCAAGCUCGAGCCCUCAUGAGCCUCCACGCGCAGCUCAACGAGGAGCUGGACUUCCGCGAGGGCGACCUGAUCAUCAUCACAGGCCUGCCGGAGCCAGGCUGGUUCCAGGGCGAGCUGGGGGGACGCAGGGGCAUCUUCCCAGAGGGGUUCGUGGAGCUCCUGGGUCCCCUUCGGUCUCCUCAGGAGCCGGAGGACUGCCAGGAUUUGGACAAUGACCCUCAACAAUUUAUGUACGAGGACGACGCAGGAGAGGGGACUGAGGAGGAAGGUAUGGAAGAAGGGGAGGUUUUUAUGAGAGAUGACGAGGAACAAAAGGAUGCUGCAGUAGAAGAAGAACAAGAGGAGGAGGAGGAGGAAGAGGAGGGUGGUGUCUAUGGAGUGGCGCUGUAUGAGUUUCGGGCUAUGGAGCCAGGAGAGUUGGACUUUGACGUUGGAGAUCGCAUUCGCGUUGUAAGCACUUUGGAAGAUGGCUGGCUGGAGGGGCAGCUGCGAGGGCGUCGGGGUAUAUUCCCUCAUCGCUUUGUGAAAUUAGAGGACGAUGGACGGAAAACUGCAGAGGAGACAAAUGUGGUUGACCCAGAAGAGGAACAAGAGAAGGAGAACAGCUGUAGUGAAUACAGCUCAGGUCAUUUAUGUCCCAAUGGGUCCGAGAACGAUCCUGAAUGGACGCCGUAUGAGGACCACACAGUGUGGGACCUGGACUACUUCGAGAGGACCGAGGAGCAGAGGUGGCAACGGGAAAGCAAAAGUGCUGGGGCUCAGACUAAUAACAGGGGGCAGAGAGAUGGAGGUAACAGGCCCGACUCUCGGCCACGUAGACCUCUGGCUCCGGCACACAGGGGACCAGAGAGACCCAAAUCCACUCCUCCAGCAAGACCCAGACUCCCACCUCGGCCCAGCCUGCCUGCACGUAGCCAUCGGCAGCAUGCUGCACAUUCUGGCAGAAAUCAGUCGAGCUACACCAACGGUAACUCUCGACCUGCACCCCCCAAACUAACCCAUAGCCUAACGCUGCCAAGCACUCAUUCUGGUUGGUCCAAAGACAGCAGGUAUUACCAGAGGUCACCGACAGACGGUUCCUCCACCAAUAGCAGAGGCGCAAGUCUUGGCCAGGCAUUAUUUAACCUUGUUGAGGGCCACAAGCAGAAGAAGCUAACUCGCCAUGCUAGUGUCGGUGAUGCUGAUAUGAUGCUGCACAGCGCCGACGCCCGGCCGCGCUCCCAGCAGACGGCACGAGGCUCCAAUGGGAUUCUGCCAACAUCCAUCACCUUAGAAGCCUUGGCAACCUCAGCCGGCGACCUGGAGGCCAAACUCUCCCAGCAGCUUUUUGAAUUUGAGAAAAGCCUGACUCCUGCGUACAGCGAUACUAACGUGGGUUCUGGCGUUUCCAGAGACGUGUCACCUGUGCCUGACCUGAACCAGCAAUCACGCAUCUCACGGCACUUUUCCAUCCUGGACUACAGCGAUGAAAGCGAUAUCAUCCGAGGCUCCUCACAUUCUCCCAUUCCCAGCCUCAUGCAGUCCAACUCUUCCUCUUUGGAAAGACGAAGAACCCUCCGCCCUCCUCCUCCUCGUCCCAGAGUCCUCCGUCCUCCAGCUCCAGCUCCGUACAAACCGGCUCGCCCCGCUCCUCGUCCCCCUCCUCGCUGCCCGAGACAAAACACCACUCCUCCGCCCGGCAGCUCCCUCGCCAACAGCCCAAUCUUCUACUCUCCCGACGAGCCAGCUGCAAACCUCCUCGACCAAAUACCAGGAGGUCAGGCGGAGUUCGGCGACCUCGCAGCUGCCCAGGAACACGAGAUCCAGUGCCAGCUGGAAGCAGAGCAGGAGCUGGAGAGGGAGAUGGAGCUAGAGAGUCAGAGGCAGAGGGAGGAGGAGGAGAGGUACCAGCUGCUGCUGCGGCUGCAGGAGGUGGAACACGACAUGGAGGCGUACGCGCACACGGCCGAGGAGCUGAGGGCGAUGCUGGAGGAGGAGGAGGAGGAGACGGCCCGCAUGCAAGCCCUGGAGAACCUGGAGUUCUGCAACUACACACUGGAGACGCUGGCCCUGGAGCAGCAGCAGCUACAAGGUAAGACUGUUGGGGAAAGAGGGUGGAGGCACAGAAGUAUUUAUGGACGUGAACCUUUAGACCAAAGGGUGAUGUGGAAUCUUUAGCGAGACCC